AUGAAUGAUAAAAUUAUCUUGGAAAGUUUGACUUAUUUUAAGUUUCAAAAGGAUCUGGAAGUAAAAGACCAAUUGGAGAAAGAGAAGUCAGAGCAGAAGAGUCCGCGUCAAAAAGAAAAGAAUUUUAUUCGAACGGCAAGAAGGAAUUCAUCGUUCGGAUCGGCAAAUUCGGACAUGAUUCAAGACCGUCACGGAUGGGCUUUGGAUGGACUCAUAGAAAAGGAGGCGAAUAUGAACAAAGAAAUAAUAAAUCCUUCGGUUGAACCUGAGGAAACAAAUCGACCCAUUUACAACCUCCUAAAAAAACCAAGGAACUCCCUGACGGAAGACGACGUGAUUGAUUACUUAAAUGAAUGUAGAGCGGAGAUAUUUCACAAGAUGGAGUACACGGAACAAUAUGAUCGCAACGUUUGGAACAUGUUAAUAAAUCAGUUAGUAGAUGACACAUCUCAUUCAAACGUAAUCCCAACAAAAGAAGCGAUCAAAGAAUUCGAUGAUAACAAUAAGAUGAUGAAUGAACGUCUUGCCAAAGAAGAUAAACGACUACAGCACCGGAAAGGACAAGGCCGGUUAAAGUAA